AUGGCGAAAGCCGCGUCCUCACCGUCCUUCAACCCAACAGCACAACGCGAUGCCUUCCUUCAACCCAGUAUACCUGCCUCGGUCACCCUCCUCAUAUCUGCUCCUAUGACUAUGACCCCGGAUCGGACCAUAGAUCUACCUUCGUCUCUUCUGUAUAAUACUGCCACGUCAAGUUCUCCCACCGCCGCUGGUUCGGCAACUGGAUCCGUGACACCACCGUACAGUUCACUCCCCCCUCCAACCCCAACUCCUGGCAUACCGACCAGCCCAUCUACGAAUGACUCGAUACCUCCAGGUCCCAAUAGCAGAACUUCCGAAGGGCAGAUCCCUCCAUGGGCCGUUGCCAUGGUAUGUAUCAUCAUUGGCAUAGUCCUCCUGCUCAGCAUUGUGGUCAUGAUGUGGCUUUACUAUCGUCGCCAACCUAAGGUUCCUCCUUACAAGGUUCAGAUGCAGAAAUCGCUGGAGAAAGGGUCUAUCCUCCCAGUCUCAGACACUCUUACCCCCCUCAAUCCCCGGGCUUCCGUCCUCAUCUCCGCCCCCAAGCCAUUGGAAAAAAGAUCCACCGCUCGCGAUGGGCAAAAACGCUCACGAAACCGCCCUGGAACCGCGGACAGCGCCAGCAUCGGGAAACGCGUCGUGGAUGGAUUGACCUCCGUCGCCCGGUCACACGUUCCCCCCAAGCUAGUUAUUUCAAGACCGAUUCCGGUACCGAACAUCGUCUUGGAGCCUCCAACACCAUCAUCUUCAAUUUUUACAGGCUUGUCGACCCUGCCUUCGUCUGAUUGUUCGGGAUUACUGGAAGCCAGGGCCAGAGAGGAUACAGAUCAGCGUGACUCCUCCCUUUUGGAAGAUGGGGCACGCCCUGCGCGUCAUUCGAAACGAGCGAGCAUUCACGUGUAUCAACGCCCUGAAGGCGAGGAGGCGUAUGAAUUGGUACGUCUACAGCGCGUCAAGAGCCUCGCUCCCAUGCCCGACGAAUCCCUGAAUAAAGGCUUGGCGAUUUCCGGAACAGUCCACUCUCAUACCGGACCGAGCAUAACAGUUACCAAAGACUUGGAGGAGGUUUCUUUCAACCCAGAGGUAUGGGAUGGGUAUCAGGAUUAUCUUGAAUUUGCCGGAGAAGAUCCUUCUCUGAGCGCGUCCCCGAGGGACAUGCCACGAGUCAAGUCUAGAGAGGAUCGCUUGUCAACCACAAGAUCUGCUAGCAGUAUUUACUCCGACGUGCGUUCUCCCAAUAGUGUUGCAUUAUCAAACACACCCAAUGAAGGUCGACUGCUUCAUUCAUCGAGUGUGUUCGAGCGGGUCGCAGGGUGGAAAGACGGGUCUGAUGUCGACACUGCAGAAGAAGAUUUAUCUGAUCUCAGCUUCAUCCGUCCUGUUCUGUCCUCUAGUCCAUCGACGGACACCUCAUCCUCUGUGAACAUGGCACUUUGGGAACUUGUUCUUGGCCACGGGAGCAUCACGUCACUGAAUGAUCUUACCAAGACGGCCAAAAUCCGCAAGUCUCGCCUAAGUGAAAUCUCAACGGUGUCUCAGGUCCUCCAAUCCCCAUCAUCUCCAACACAGCCUGGAUUACCCCAUUCGGAACGUGACGCUGUCGAGGACAGUCUAGAGGAACCAAUGUCCCCCAACAGUCGCUGGUCGUUCUUAGAUGACUUGGAGGGAGAUGUUAUUGAUGAGGAACGCCAAUCGCAAGGAACUCUGACAAUUACAAACAUGGAAGAUGUAUCUCACGUCCAUCCUCUUCGCAUCGCAAAAAGAGCACAGGAUGGCGCGGCACCGUAUUCGGCAAUCCAAAGACCUUUGACGUUACCCAAGACUGCUGUCGACGAUGAGAUUGACUUGUUCAUGCCACCUGUACCUGAGCUGGAAGAUUCUCUCUCCGGCGACUAUGACAAUAGCACCGCUGAAGAUCACAUGCCGUCUUCACCACCACCAGCAGAUAUCUUGGAAGAGAUUUUUGCGGGCCUUUCGUCUUUCGACAAUCUAGAAGACGGAUUGAAGUUGCAACCCAGGAUGCCGACUUCUGUCAGACUUUUGAAACCUUCCAGAAUCCCGAUACGGCGCGUAUCCAAGCGACGUAGUGCCUUAGGCAAUGUUCUGUUGACGCCCAAAGCCGAAGUGUAUCUUCGUUCCGCUAUUCCGUCUCCCGCAUAUUCAACAUCAGUUCGCCCUCGUCGAGCCCGGCGAACUUCUCCAGCAGGAUAUCGCCCAAUAGUGACUGCAGCAGGUAGACGUGUAGAAGGGAAUAGUAAACGGCGCUCGUCCCUCCUUUCUAGUUCUCUUUACACGGCCAACCAUUCGGGAAUGAAAGCUUACGUCCUGGGUCGAAGAACGAGUGUAACGAGGAAAGCGAGCGGGGGACAAGCGAGCUACUUGUCCUCGAACAAUACUCAGUUGUAUGGGAUUGACAUUCCCCUAUCACAAUCGCGUAUCUGA